AUGUCUCUGCCCAUCCUGCUCGCAGCCGGCCUCGCGCUGCUCACGCUUUUUGUGGUCCGUCGCGCAGCGGCGUAUUUUCGGCUCGCCCACGUUCCGGGGCCUCGGUUUGCGGGCUGGUCGAGGUUGCCGCUGGUGUUGGACAAUCUGACCGGACGCCAUCACGAGAUCCUGUACGAAUACAACCUCAAGUACGGCCCGCUCGUGCGGCUGGCUCCGAACAUUCUGAUCACCUGCGACGCGGACGUCUACCAGCGGAUGUACGCGCCAAAUUCAAAGUACAGAAGAGCUCCAUACUAUGGCGUGUUCAGAUUCAAACCGAGGAGCGACAAUCUGUUUUCCACCAUAGACGAAGCAAGACAUAACGCCGUGAGGCGUAAAAUGGCGCCCGGAUACGCAGGUAGGGAAGUCCCAUACAUGGAAGACGACAUAGACAAGCACGUGCAGGAAUGGGUGAACCUGAUCGAGAGAAAAUACAUCUCCGACGACCGGGAAGUGAAGAAGAUGGACAUCGGACGUCAGGCGCAGUUCUUCACGCUUGACGUGAUCAGCGAGUUGGCGUUCAACCACAGCUUCGGAGAUCUUGUCGACGACAACGACAACUUCAGAUACGUGCAGACGGCAGAAGAGACCGUCAGCGUGAUGACGAUGCUUUCCUACUUCCCCAGCGUUCACGGAUGGCUUGAGCAGAGCCGCGUCAUGGACCUGAUCGCGCCGAACGCGGUUGACAAGCUCGGUCUUGGUGCCGUCAUUGGAGUUGCGAAACAGAGGAUAGCGGAGCGAUUCGACGACUACGAGAAUCAAAAGGACAAGCAGGAUAUGCUGGGAAGCUUUCUCCGACAUGGGCUGAGCCAGACGGACGCCGAAGGCGAGACUGUACUUCAAAUAAUUGCGGGAGCAGACACGUCGGCAACGAUCAUGAGAGUUGUUUUGCUAUACGUGCUCAGUUCUCCGGCCAUAUACAACAAAUUGAUCAACGAAAUCGACGUCGGGAUCAAGGAAGGCCGAAUCUCCUCUCCAAUCAAGGAUGCAGAAGCAAGAAGGCUGCCCUAUCUGCAAGGUUGCAUCAAAGAGGCCUUGAGGCUGUGGCCCGUGGUUGUCGGUAUAUCCCUGAAGCAGGUACCUGACGAAGGUGACGAAGUGUGUGGUUACAAGAUUCCAGGUGGGACGUUCAUUGGACACAAUGCUUGGGCCUUUGGUCGCGAAGAAGCCGUGUACGGGCCCGACUUCGAGGUGUACAGGCCCGAACGGUGGAUUGAGGCUUCCGGACGACGACUUGAGCUGAUGGAGCGCAACAAGGAGUUCACCUUCGGAUACGGCCGGUUCAAAUGUCUCGGGCAGCCCGUAGCCUUCAUGGAGCUGAACAAGGUCUUCGUGGAGCUGCUCAGGCGCUUCAACAUCUCCAUUCUGAACCCGGCCAAGCCGCUCAAGAGCACCAGCCACGGCAUCUUCUUGCAGUCCGACUUCUUCGUCAAGGUGACGCGGAGGCCGCAGGAGCUAUGA